GAAGCAGCCUCACUGCUGCUACUGGAGUUGGUGAAAGGAUGCUGGUGCUCAGGGCUCUGUGGGCCGUGAUGUGCUGGCCAUGGCGGCUGCUCAGUGCAGGAGGCCCCAUGUCCUGUGCCUGCCUUCAGCUGGAGGGGGUGAACCCCACCACACACAGGACACAGUCACCUGUGUGGUGUUGGGAAUGGCAGCAACCCUUGUGUGUGUGAAGCAAAGGGCUGCAUCCUCACGCAGCCAGACCAGGAGGCACUGAGGGAGAGGAGGGCUGAGCCUUCCCCUAUAGCACGGGGAAUCCCUGAGCCUCUGCUGCACUAGUGACUGGGGCUCUCCAGAGCUGUGCUGGGGCUGCUGGUGGGGAACAUCUGGCACAGCUGUCCCAGGGGUACCAGCCUUGGGGGGGGGGGCUGACAAGUGCUGUGACAUCUCCCUGCUCAUCCAGGGCUUCCAGAUGGGGGGAAACAAAGGACGUGUCCAGGCAAACCUGAGGAGCUGGGAGCGACACAACACAGCUCCUGGUGCAUCACAGAGGUUUCCCAGGCGACUGCAUCGUGCUGCAUCUCCUUCCUCCCACCAGCCAGAGCUGCUGCAUUGCCAUGGCAGCCUCCAAGGAAAAGAGCAUCUUCCCUUCCCAUCCCUACCAUAUCCCUGGCUACGAGGGCUUCGUCCCUCAGUACCGGUUCCAGUUCGGAGAGACCUUUGGCAGGGCCACGCACCGGCUGCUGACCGACCCCACCGCUGCCCGCAGCCCCCGCGCUCUGCUGGCACCGCUGCAGAAGCCGGAGUUCAUGGAGGACUUUAGCGGGGCCAAGCAUGGAGGCCAGGACCACCCCCCCGGGCACCCAGGGUGCUUCCCCUAUGAGAGACCUGGGGCUGCAGCGACCUUCCCUGACCCACUCCUUCAGGCCGGGCUGCCCCCGCUGCAGCCGGAGCUGUCCGAGGAAGAGCUGACCAUGGUGCAGACGGACCCUGAGCCCCGGGACCCCUCCAGCGAGUAUGUCCCGAGGACACAAGUGGUUCGGGACUCCCCCCGCAGUGUUCCACACUGUCCUGCGUCCGAAGGGAGACAGUGGCUGACGAGAAGGGGCAGACCCGGCCAGCGCGGCGGUGCCUGGGCAGGAAGCGCACCAGGGCAGGUGACAUUGCCACCGCUGACCCAGGGGCCCGGGAGAACCAGCGGGGCCGAGGAGGAGGAGAUUUGGUUGCCAGAAACGGAUCUACCAAAGGUGAUCCAGCAGAAAGUCAUCACAGGGUACGCUGGAUUCAUCCCCCGCCUCUCCUGGUUUCAUGGUGUGAACUACAUCCGGAGUGUGAAGGAAGCAAUGAAGGAAUUUGACCAACACCAGUUUAUGCUGAGAAACCCAUGUUACAGCUUUGGCAAGAGAUAUCCCCAGAAUUACUGGCCUACCAACAGAAUUUACACCAGUGCUGGACUGAUACCUUCCUACAUGGGCUUUGUACCAGAGCUCCAGAACAUGUACGCACUGACUUACGGAAACAGCACCCGAAAAGCUUACCAAAAGGAAAAAGAGAGACGAGCUCGUGCACUGUGAAAAAUGCUUUAAUGGUGCCUGUACAGCAGUUGAAGUGACUUUUGAGACAUAAAGAGGAACACAACACAGA